AAGAAGUUGAAACAUUGAGUAGGCCAUGAAUCGGCACGUCAUUGUUUAUUUAUACCUCAUUUUUCGUUAAAAUUACAUGUCCUUAAAAUUUUCCGUAAUGCCUGCUAUCGGAAUCGAUUUGGGAACGACCUACUCCUGUGUGGGUGUGUUCCAGCACGGCAAGGUGGACAUCAUUGCCAAUGACCAGGGUAAUCGGGUAACUCCCAGCUAUGUGGCAUUUACCGACACUGAGCGCCUGAUCGGAGACGCUGCCAAAGGCCAGAUGGCAAUGAAUCCGAAGAAUACCGUUUACGAUGUCAAGAGGUUGAUUGGCCGAAGGUUCGACGAUCCAAAGGUGCAAAGCGACUUAAAACAUUGGCCUUUCAUGGUGCAUAAUGAUGGCGGCAAGCCAAAAAUUAAAGUGGAGUAUAAAGGGGAAAUGAAGGUGUUCGCACCGGAGGAAAUUAGCUCGAUGGUACUGACCAAGAUGAAAGAGAUUGCCGAAGCAUACUUAGGAAGGUCAGUCCGUGAUGCAGUAAUUACAGUUCCGGCUUACUUCAACGAUUCCCAGCGUCAGGCAACCAAGGAUGCCGGAGCUAUUGCGGGGUUGAAUGUCAUGCGGAUCAUCAAUGAACCAACAGCUGCCGCUUUGGCGUACGGUUUGGACAAGAAUCUGAAGGGGGAGCGCAACGUGUUGAUUUUUGAUCUGGGUGGCGGAACAUUUGACGUAUCCAUUUUAACUAUUGAUGAAGGUUCUCUGUUUGAGGUAAGAGCGACGGCUGGGGAUACACAUCUCGGAGGAGAGGAUUUUGAUAGUCUUGUAGUUAAUCACUUUGUUGAGGAAUUCCAACGAAAGCAUAGAAAAGAUAUUAAAGUCAAUCCACGUGCUUUGCGACGGUUGCGAACGGCAGUGGAGAGGGCGAAGAGAACUUUGUCGUCGAGCUCAGAGGCCUCUGUUGAGGUUGACGCUUUGAUUGAUGGAAUUGACUUUUUCUCGAAGAUUUCUCGAGCUCGAUUUGAGGAACUUUGUGCAGAUUUGUUUAGGUCAACCUUGCAACCGGUCGAAAAAGCGCUAUCCGAUGCUUGUAUGAACAAAUCAUCCAUCAAUGACGUUGUUUUAGUCGGAGGUUCGACUAGAAUUCCGAAGAUCCAAAGCAUGCUGCAAAACUUUUUUGAAGGUAAACCACUGAACAUGUCCAUCAAUCCGGACGAAGCGGUUGCGUAUGGAGCAGCGGUCCAGGCAGCUAUUCUGAGCGGUGAUAAGGAUUCUACAAUACAAAAUGUAUUGUUGGUAGAUGUAGCCCCACUCUCGCUAGGAAUUGAGACUGCUGGAGGAUUAAUGACGAACAUCAUUGACCGGAACAUCCGGAUACCCUGCAAGCAAAUGAAAACAUUUACCACCUAUUCAGACAAUCAACCGGGAGUCGCAGUUCAGGUUUACGAAGGCGAACGAGCAAUGACCCGCGAUAACAACCUGCUGGGAAAGUUUGAUCUUUUAGGCAUUCCUCCAGCUCCGAGAGGAACCCCACAAAUAGAUGUUUCAUUCGAUUUGGACGCAAACGGAAUCCUGACGGUAACGGCUGUAGAGAAAAGCACCGGCAAAAGCCGAAACAUUCAAAUCCGGAACGAAAAAGGUCGACUUUCGACGCAGGAUAUCGAAAGGAUGUUGGCCGAUGCUGAACGGUUUAAGAAAGAAGAUGACGAACAGAGGCAACGGGUGUUCGCCAAGAACAAAUUGGAGUCGUAUUGUUACAGCUUGAAGGCCUCGGCAGAGGACUCUGAAAAUAAAUUGAGUGCAUCAGAUCGCAAAAAGGUUCAGAAGAAGUGCGAGGAAACAUUGAAAUGGCUGGAGCAUAACAGUUUGGCUGAAAAGGAUGAGUUUGAGCAUCGGUACAAGGAGCUGUAUAAAUAUUGUGGUCCAAUAAUGAGUAAUCUGUACCGUGGGGACGAGUCACCUAGAACUAACGGGCCAAUAAUUGAAGAAGUUGAUUAACAUUUGGAUUUAGUGAAAUAAAAUAUAUGUACCUG